AUGACAUUGCUUGGCUUUUUUACAAACAUAUAUUUACCAGUAGUGACUCUAAACAUCUUGUAUCCCACAUCGUUUCCAACUUAUUAUGUUCCUUCUAUACUUGGAGUGAUCGUUGGGUUCUUGUUAUUCAGUCAUAGGGUUGGUAUCAUUGAUGAUGACCCUGAAAAAAAAAAAGCGUUUGAAGAAGUCUAUGAAGAAAGUGACUUCAUAGUCAAAAUGUACUUUAUGUUUAAGAAAAAAAAUGACAGUGACACGGAAAAUACAAAAAAGAGUAGCAGGUUAACCCGUUUUUUGAUUAUGCUCGUGCAUCCUUUCUGCAGACUUGACAAAAAAGAGCUAUCUCAAGAUGACAUUGAAAGCGGAAAUAAAAACGACGAUCAAUUUAUAGAAUUGAAGGCCGACGAGGAAGAAAGCAUUAAGAGGUGUCAUGGUUUGUCGAUAUCAUCCAUCAUAUACGAUAUUUGUUCGUGCUUAUUGUUCUGUGAAAUCGCUGGACCCUCCGUUUUGUGGAUAAAAGUUUACCUUACAUUGACGUUCAUCUCAAUAACGUUGGAAAUGGAAUGUUCUCAAAAGCUACAUACAAAAAAAUCCAUCCAAAAAGGUGGCAAUUAA